UACUGGGAUCACCUUCAUUAGCAAAAGCAGACACCUCUGGUGAUUUGAUGUGCAUCUGACUGGUUCAAAAAAGGAACAAGAUGUCGAAGAUUGAUAAGAUGAGCAUCCUUGGAGUGAGAAGUUUUGGAAUAGAGGAUAAAGAUAAGCAAGUCAUAUCCUUCUUCAGCCCUUUAACAGUGUUAGUUGGGCCCAAUGGUGCUGGCAAAACAACUAUAAUAGAGUGCCUCAAGUACAUUACAACUGGUGACUUUCCUCCAGGGAGCAAAGGAAACACUUUUGUACAUGAUCCAAAGGUUGCUCACGAGACUGAUGUCCGAGCCCAGAUUCGGUUGCAGUUUCAAGACGUCAAUGGAGAAGUGGUUGCUGUCCAGAGAUCAAUGCUUUGCACACAGAAAGGAAAAAAGGCAGAGUUUAAAACUCUGGAGGGGGUUAUCACUAGAAUUAAACACGGCGAGAAGGUGAGCCUAAGUUCGAAGUGUGCGGAGAUUGACCGUGAGAUGAUCACGGCGCUGGGUGUUUCCAAGGCAGUCCUGAACAACGUCAUCUUCUGUCAUCAAGAGGAUUCCAACUGGCCCCUAAGUGAGGGGAGGGCUCUCAAGCAGAAGUUUGAUGAGAUUUUCUCUGCUACAAGGUACAUUAAAGUGUUGGACACGCUGCGCCAGUUGAGAAUGAAGCAAGGGCAGUGUGUGAAAGAGUGCCAGAUGGAGCUGAAAUACCUGAAACAAAACAAGGAAAAGUCCCAGGAAAUACAGGAUCUCCUCAACAAAAGAGAAUUGCAACUAGCAGCUUCUAAAGAACACGUGCAAUCCAUUGAGGGUCAGAUUGAACCACUGGAGACCCGUCUAAUGGAUAUUGAUCAAACUUUGGGGAAGGUGAUGAGACUUGACAAUGACAUAAAAGCUCUGGACAGCAGAAAGAAACAAAUGGAGGAAGACAACCGUGAAUUACAGGAGAAGAUGGAGCAGGAGUUCCAGGGCACAGAUGAGCAGCUGAGAGAGAUGUACCAGAACCACCAGAGGACAGUGAGAGAGAAAGAGAGGAGACUGAAUGACUAUCAGCGUGAGCUAGAGCGAACUAAUAGAGAAUACCAGAGACUGAACCGCCAGAAGUCUGAUCUGCUGGUGGAGCAGGGCCGUCUUCAGUUGCUGGCAGACCGAAACCAGCAGAGCAUAAGGAACAGAGAUUCCCAUGUGAAGGCCUUAGCUGCUUACCUGGAAAUGGAUGGCUAUGAAAGGUCACCUUUUAAUGAGAGGCAGCUGCAAAGCUUCCAGGGACAAGUUAAAGAGCGCCAAGAUAAAGAGACAGAAGCAUUAAACCAAGUGAUGAGGGAUCUCCAAGAGAAAGAAGCAAUGAAACAGAACGCUAUGGAUGAGAUACGAGACAAAAAGACAGGACUGCAGCGAACAAUUGACUUAAAGAUGGACCUACAGAAUAAAAAACAACAGGAGCUGAAAAGUGUGAAGAAUGAGCUGCUGAAGUUGGAGGGGUCAUCAGACAGACUGCAAGAGAUGGAGCAAGAACUUCUGAAAACAGAGCGGGAACUGGAGAAUGUUUUGGAAACCUCUAACAUAGAAGCCCUGAAGGCAGAGGUUACAGACCUUCAGAGUGAGAAAGUCGAAUUGGACCGUUUACAGCGCAAACUAGACCAAGAAAUGGAGCUUUUGAAUUCACACACAAUGGCAAGGACUCAGAUGGACAUGCUGAAAAAAGAUAAGGUUGAUAAGGAUGAACAAGUUAGGAAAAUCAAGUCUCGUCACAGUGAUGAACUGACGUCCCUGUUAGGUUAUUUUCCAAAUAAGAGACAACUGGAGGACUGGAUUCAUGCAAAGAAUAGAGAAAUUAAUCAAACAAGAGACAAACUGUAUAGGAUGACUAAGGACCUGGCUUCUGGAGAACAGAAUAAAAACCACAGUGCUGCUGAAAUAAGACGCAAGGAGCAGCAGCUGGAGACCUACCAGGAGAAACUGUUUGAAGUGUGUGGAAAUCAAGACUUUGAAUCUGAUCUCUCUAAGCUGCAAGAUGACAUAGAAAAAACCUCCAAGCAAAGAGCUAUGCUCGCUGGGGCCACAGCAGUGUACACGCAGUUCAUCAGCCAGCUCACAGAGGAGAGGGAGCCCUGCUGCCCGGUCUGCCAGAGGAUGUUCCCUUCCGAGGCCGAGCUGCAGGAUGUCAUCAACGACAUGCAGUCCAAGCUGCGCCUCGUUCCCGACAAGCUGAAGAACACCGAGCAAGACCUGAAGAGGAAGGAGAAGAAGAAGGAUGAGAUGAUGGGGCUGCGACCUAUCAGGCAGACUGUGUCUGAGCUGGGCGAGAAGGACCUGCCCGAGUUGCGGAACAAGCUCCAGAAUGUAAACCGUGAUAUAGAUCGUCUGAAAAAUGACAUUGAGGAGCAGGAGACCCUCUUGGCCAGGCUGAUGUCUGAAGAAGAGACGGCGAAGGCUUGUCUCCAGGACAUCUCUCUGAUGGACAGAUAUCUGAUGGAUUUGAAAGAUGUGGAACGGAAAAUUGCCCAGCAGGCAACGAAACUGCAAGGCAUUGAUUUGUCCCGCACAGUGCAACAAGUCAAUCAGGAGAAACAGGAGACGCAGCACAAACUGGACACAACCUCCAGCAGAAUUGAAUUGAAACGAAAGCUAAUCCAGGACCAACUGGAGCAAAUCCAGCUCUUGAAAAGCAGCAUUAAUGAAACGCGAGCUGAAAAACUGCAAAUUUCCAGUAAUAUGCAGCGCCAGCAGCAGUUGGAGGAGCAAUGUGUAGAUUUUUCUGCGGAGAUCCAGUCCUUACAUAGAGAGAUUCGGGAAGCCAAAGAACAGUUGUCGCCUCUUGCAAUGACCCUGGAGAAACUGCAGCAGGAGAAGCAGGAGCUCAUAGAGAGACGAAGGCAGAAAAAUGAGGAAGGACAGGAAAAGAUUAAUGCCAUCAAGGAAAAGAUCAGGAACAUAAACAUCUGCGAUAAAGAAAUUGAGAAGUAUGUUAAAGAGGGGAAGGAUGAAUACAAAGAGCAAAAGGAGGCUGAACUGCAGGAAACAAACACACAUCUCCAUGAAGCCGAAAAACAAAGAGAGAAGAUCAGCAUAGAAAUGGGAAAUAUUAGGCAAGACAUUGAUACUCAAAAGAUCCAAGAAAGAUGGCUCCAGGAUAACCUGACUUUAAGGAAGCGAAUUGAAGAGCUUCAAGAAGUCGCCGAGAAACGAAGGGCCCUGAUAAAGGAAAUGGGAGACAUGCAGGUCAUGCAGCUGAGGAAUGAACGGAAGGAGGUGGACAGCAGAAUCGAAGACUUGAAGAAGAAUCGCAGCGUAGCACUGGGCAGGCAGAAGGGGUUUGAGGAAGAGAUCCUGCGGUUUCGGAAGGAGCUGCGGGAGGACGGGUAUUGUGACGCAGAGGAAAAGUUCAGAGAGAAGAUGAUUGUAAUGAGAACAACAGAACUGGCCAACAAGGACCUGGACAUCUAUUACAAGACACUUGAUCAAGCAAUAAUGAAGUUUCACGGUAUGAAAAUGGAAGAGAUCAAUAAGAUCAUCCGUGACUUAUGGAGAAGUACUUACCGUGGACAAGACAUUGAAUAUGUGGAGAUUCGCUCUGAUGUCGACGAAAACGUAUCAGCUAACCUUAAGAGGAGAACUUACAACUACCGAGUUGUGAUGGUUAAGGGUGACACUGCACUGGACAUGAGAGGGAGAUGCAGUGCUGGGCAGAAGGUACUUGCUUCUCUGAUCAUCAGACUUGCUCUUGCUGAGACCUUCUGCUUAAAUUGUGGGAUUCUUGCUCUGGAUGAGCCAACUACUAAUCUGGACCGUGAAAAUAUUGAAUCUUUAGCCCAUGCCUUAGUAGAGAUAAUUAAGAGUCGUUCCCGUCAGCGUAAUUUCCAGUUGUUAAUCAUCACACACGAUGAAGACUUUGUGGAGCUUCUUGGUCGGUCAGAGUACGUGGAGCAUUUCUACAGGAUUAAAAAGAACAUUGACCAGUGUUCAGAGAUCUUGAAGUGCAGUGUUGCAUCCCUGAACUCUUAUCUUCAUUAGCCAAAAUGCCCAUUGACCAUCCAAACAAACUACAAAAUGAUUCACUAAAACCCCGUGUGAAAAUGACUUCAGUUAACAUGGCCCACAAAUGUCUAGCAAUAGCCAUAUUUUUCAACAUUCUCUUGGAAAAGCUUUAUAAGAGUGAAUGUACUGUGAAUAAGAAGAUAUUACAUGUAUUAAUGUUGGGCUUUGAAAUGGAAAUAAUGUUAUGUGCAUUAGUUUCUGUUACAUUUUGCCUACCUUCCCAAAGAAGGUAAAAAGAUUGUUAAUGCAAACAAUUGUAGUCUUUACCUUAGUAAUAUAAAGGCAGAUGCAGUAUUUUUGAUAUGCUAGUCUCAAUUUUCUUCUAACCUAAUCUAACCUAAAAAACAUUCUACUAAAGGCUCAGUGAUUUGAAAGAACAUUUUUAAAAGCACCUUCCUUUGAAACCAUUGCAGCACUGAUUGUCUGCAGAUCUGAUUUUUGAAAGAUAAUUUGUGUACUUGCAUAAAAGAUCAAAAAGAUGAUAAAAAUGUUAUUCUAUAUGUUGUUUAAUAUUCUUUGUUGGAGAUUACAGGGAAUAAGAAAUAUUUAUGCAUGUAAUUCUUUUUGAAAUAAAGCAUAGAAAGUCA